CCCCCACCGCCAUGGGGCUGCUCUUGGACCCCCACUGCCGCCGGGCGCUCGCCCGCCUCAUCGUGCGCCUCAACACCCCCCUCUGCGUGCUGAGCUAUGUGCUGGGGGUGGGCUGGUUCCUGGCGCUGGCGUUCCCCCCCCUGGCCCCCCGCACCUACACGUCCGAGAACGCCAUGGGCUCCACCAUGGUGGAGGAGCAGUUCGGCCUUGGGGAGCGCGCCCUCGCCCUCGCCCGCGACUUCGCCACCCACAAGAAGAAAGCGGGGGGGAUGCCCGCGGCCUGGCUGGAGAAGACCAUGUGGAGCCUGGGGCUGGAGGUGCAUCGGCAGCACUUCUCCCACACGCUGCCCUUCCCUGACGAGAGCCGGGAGCGCUACCUGGUGCGGGGCACCAAUGUCUAUGGGAUCCUGCGAGCGCCGCGCGCCGCCAGCACCGAGGCGCUGGUGCUGAGCACCGGCUGUGCCCCGGGGCCGCACAACAACCAGGCCGUGGGGCUGCUCCUGGCACUCGCUGCCUACUUCCGGGGGCAGAUCUACUGGGCGAAGGACAUCAUCUUCCUCGUCAAUGAGCACGACCUCCUGGGCAUGGAGGCCUGGCUGGAGGCUUACCAUGACGUGAACAUCACCGCCGUGCGCUCCUCGGGGCCGCUGGGCCGUGCCGGCGCCAUCCAAGCGGCCAUUGCCCUGGAGCUGAGCAGCGAUGUGGUGACCAGCUUCGACGUGGCCGUGGAGGGGCUCAACGGGCAACUGCCCAACCUCGACCUGCUCAACCUCUUCAACGCCUUCUGCCAGAAGAACGGGCUCCUCUGCACCAUCCAGGGCAAGCUGCAGCACUCGGACUGGGACUCGCUGCCCGCCUACGCCCGGAGCCUGCAGACCCUGCUCCUCAUGGUGCUGGCGCAGGCGUCGGGGCGGCCCCGCGGCGAGCACGGCCUCUUCCUGCGCUACCGCAUCGAGGCGCUCACCCUGCGCGGCAUCAACAGCUUCCGGCAGUACAAGUACGACCUGGGCACCGUGGGCAAGAUGCUGGAGGGAAUGUUCCGGAAGCUCAACAACCUCCUGGAGCGCCUGCACCAGUCCUACUUCCUGUACCUGCUGCCCUCGCUCUCGCGCUUCGUGUCCAUCGGGCUCUACAUGCCGGCCUUCGGCUUCCUGCUCCUCGUCCUCAUCCUCAGGGCCCUGGACCUCUGGAUGAAGCUGAGCCGGGCGGAGCCGGGCGGCGCGGACCGCGCCCCGCACCCGGCCCCUCUGACGCUGUGCCCGCAGGCGCCGCGGCUGCUGGCGCUGGUGCCGCCGGUGCUCGUGUGCCACGCGGCGGGGCUGGCGCUCUACUCCCUGCCCGUGCUGGGCCAGAGCGUGGCCACGCAGCACUUCCCGGUGUCCGAGGCCGAGGCCGUGGUGCUCACCCUCAUCGCCAUCUACGUGGCGGGCAUGGCCCUGCCCCACAGCACCCACAGGGUGCUGGGUGCCCCCGGCUCGGCGGCGGCGGCGCGGGGCUGGAUGCUGCUGAAGCUCCUGGCACUGCUCUACCUGGCGGCUCAGCUCACGGCGCUGGCGCUGCUCAACUUCUCCCUCGGCUUCCUCCUGGCAGUGACCAUGGUGCCGGCGGCCGCGGCCACGGCCCCCACCGGGCCCCGGGCGCUGCUGGCGCUGGUGCUGGUUUUGGCCACCCCGGCCGUGUCGCUGCUCUUGGGCAUCUUCCUGGAGCGGGAGCUGGUGGAGGCGCCGGCGGCGCCGGGCGAGGCCUGGCAGCGCUUCCUGGGCGCGCUGGGGCAGGGGCUGCUCCUGCACCACCUGCACGGGGCCUUCCUCUGCCCCCUGCUCGCCCUCGGCACCUACCCCUGCUGGCUGCUGCUCUGGAACGUGCUCUUCUGGGACUGA